CUUAUCACGCAAAAGUCUGGUCUGAGUGCCACAUGAUUGUUUUUACUAUGAUAUUCUGUAACCACACACGGAAGCUCUGUCUUAUACAUCAUAUAGAUUUGAGAUCUAAUGGGGAAAUUUAAUCUGUACUUGGACGUUUGCAGAUGUAAUUAAAUCUAAUAACCGCAAUAUAUCACAACCGGUCAAUUUCCUUUUCUUGCAAACAGCCUGGCUCUAAAAAUAUGAAAUUAUGAAUUUUUCCAGCCCUCGUCCAGUAGGAGGUGACAAAGUACGAGUAGUAUUUCACCGUAUUCAAUUGGGCCAGUGUCAUGGUUAAAAUAAUUUAGACACAUUAUAUCGGUAGGCUAUACUAAACUUACUGUCAUAACCAUAUUUGAUUUUUAAGGCCUAAUCGAAAGAAAAUUUGCAAGCAAAGUUAUUUUCGAUGCCGCGUUUUAUACUGUUCCAUUCUACUCCUUGAUCAGGUUCUGAUUAUGAACGCCCAACAGAACCGUACGUCACGAAAUCAAGGGCCUACAUUCUAAAAUCGCUUGUUGAUUCUGUGGAGACCAGCUUUAACAUUACAUCGUUUAAAACAUUUGAUCAAUGAUUUAGGCUACAUUAGAUGUAAAGGAAAAGGACAUUGACCUUUGGCCUGAGGCCUGCUAUGCGUAAAUAUUAAGCAGUGAUGUGCGGAAUAAUUUAAAUAUGCGGAGUUCAAAGGUGAGGGAAACAAAACCGUCCUUGCUGGAGAAAGCCUACGAGUGCAGAAAGAAUGGUUAUCUUCUUUCCUCAAAGAGAAUCGGGACGGGUGCCUUCUCCAAAGUUUACUUGGGAUAUGCAACUCCAAGCAAGAUUUGUCAAAACUAUAAGCUUUCCAAUGACCUCAGAAGCAAAAAACACAACAUGGUGGCUAUCAAGAUAAUCUCCAUAAACCAGUCACUGCCUGAGUACUCCAAAAAGUUUCUUCACAGAGAAAUCCAUGCAUUGAAUGCUACAUACCAACAUCCCAGUGUGAUCCAGCUGUAUGACAUGUUCCACACACUGACGCGAGUGUAUCUGGUGCUGGAGCUGGCCCUGCGCGGAGACCUUCUGGAGCACAUCAACGCCGUGUCCCAGAGCAAGGGCACCCCCGGCCUGUCGGAGGAGGAGGCAUGCGGCAUCUUCCAGCAGAUUGUCAGCGCUGUCAAGCACUGCCACAGUAACCACAUUGUGCACAGAGACCUGAAAUGUGAAAAUAUACUUCUGGAUGAGGGAGGCUUUGUCAAACUGACAGAUUUUGGCUUUGCAAACAGCUACAUAGACAAGAAGGCGUUGAUGAGCACAUUCUGUGGCUCUGUGGCCUACACGGCUCCAGAGAUUCUAAUGUCCCAAAAGUACAAUGGAGAGAUGGCUGACCUGUGGAGCUUAGGGGUGAUUCUGUAUGCAAUGGUAACCGGGAAGCUACCGUACCAAGAGAAGAACCCCAGGAAACUGGUUCAGCUGUUCAGGAAGGAGUUGCCUUUCCACACACCUGUCUCCUCAGCCUGUCAGGAUCUGAUCGUGAGACUGCUGCAGUGGCACCCCUCAACCCGGCUGCCUCUUGACCAGAUCAGCCGGCACCCGUGGAUGUCUCCCCCUUCCACAACUGACCUUCCGUGGAAGCUGCGUGUAACAAAGAGCGACAUCACAGACAGGAGCAAGACUCCAGAGAACAAGUUCCGGAAUGCGUCUCCCACGGCCAAGACAGGCCGCACUAGUCAGUCGGGACCUGGCACACCGAUCCCCGGGACCACGCCUUUCACGCGGAGCAACACCACCCUUGCCGAGGGGCCCCCGAGGGUCCCGGGCGGCCGCAGUCUGGGGGCCAGCAGCGCAGACAGCCGUCGGACCCUGCCGAAGAGAGAGGACCGGAAAGAGGAGCCGGCGGCCAGCAUGGAAAGCCCCUACCGUCUCCUAAAGAGGCCCACAGUGGACCAGGUCAGCAACCCCAACCAGCUCUUCUUCGCCCGGCCUCGGCCGCCCAUGAUGCCCAAGCCCUUCCACAACCUGCCCAACUUCCGCAAGCCCGGCCACAUGCCUCCCCACGAGCUUGGCAAUCACAAGCAGCUGUACAAGCCAUCAGAGAGGCUGCCCCAGAGCACAAGGCCGCCCCGAACUCCCAUGAAAAUCCCCACUACGGGAUUCUAGGGCCUGCCCUCGAAACAGACAUGCCUUUGUGACUGUAGAGUGAGCAGAGACAUUGAGAGGACUCCAGAUACAAGAGGACAGUUUGUAUUUAGAAAAUACAUUAUUUUACUUAA